AUGCUCCUCCUACUUGCUUGCUUGAUCGGCUUCGCGCUCGGUGCGCCGUCGGCAACAACGUGUAACAACGUCACCUACACCGGCCUCAUUCGCAACGGAGUCGAUGUCUUCCUCGGCAUCAAGUACGCCCAUGACACCUCUGGUGAGAACAGAUUCCGACCGCCAAAGCUUUUGAAGCCAUCCGACGCCAUUCUCGAUGCAAGCAGAUACGGCUCCGUCUGCCCACAGCCACUUGGUGCAAAUUCCAUACCUCUGCUGUGGACGGAAAUCACGGAGUACUCCGAAGAUUGCUUGAAUCUCAACAUCGUCCGUCCAAGUGGCUCCCAUUCGAAGUUGCCGGUGCUGGUAUGGCUUCACGGCGGCAGCUUCUUUUCCAACUCGAACCAGGAGAUCACCAGUCAGCCCGACGCUCUGAUCUUGCGAUCUGUUGAGAUUGGUACUCCGAUCAUCCAUGUUUCAAUCAACUACCGACUAGGAGUCUUCGGCUUCGCACAGUCGGCAGCUCUGAAGGCAGACAGGUCCGAGAAUCUUGGCCUGCGAGAUCAACGCCUUGCGCUGGAGUGGAUCAGAGACAACAUCGAGGCUUUCGGCGGCGACCCUAAUCGGAUAACGCUUCAUGGUCAAUCUUCUGGAGGCGGCGCAGUCGGUAUACAAUCACUUGCGUAUGGAGGAGAGUCGGUGCCUUUCCAGCAAGCAAUAUACCAGAGCCAAGCACUAGAGCCAGGCAUGCUUGGCGACUGCACAGCAAUCCAGAUGCAAAUGAUCGUAAACGCGACAGGUUGUUUUGAGGAUACCAUCGAUUGCUUGCGAUCGCUUGACACCCAAACAUUGGCAGAGAAGUCAUUCGAAACAUACAGUGCAGCCAAAGCUGCGGGUCUAGGUGAUUGUUGGUUGCCAGUCGUCGAUGGAGAUUUCCUGCCCGAUGCACCUUCGAAGCUGAUUGCAGACGGGCGUUUCGCAGACGUGGCGACGAUGAUGAUGUGGUCCGAAGAUGACACAAAUCUAUACGCUGAUCCGACAAUCCAAACCGAGCACGAUACUUACGCCUUCCUUGCUGACUUCCUGCCCAGCUUUGAUACAAAGUCCUUGGCCGAAAUGCUUGCGCUGUACCCAGUAGCCGACUUCAAAAGCAAUGCAAAAGCAAAUCUGACUGCCGAAUUCUACCGAACUGGUCGCAUCCUUCGAGAUCUCGUCAUGGUCUGUCCACCAAUGAGGUAUGGCCAGCACCUCUAUGAAGCCGGUAACGCUGUGUACUACAUCGCACACAACCAGACUCUGCUCUCGCCAAUUUUCGCGGCUAUCGGGCUGCCAGGGCUGGGCGUGGUGCACACUUCGGAGACGCCAUAUGUCUUCGGCAACUUUUCGGCCUUCAAUCAGAGCGGACUGCCAUUCAAUCCAACGGCAGAAGACCGACGUCUGCAGAGCGAGGAAGCUGCGUCGUGGGCUGCAUUUGCCAGCACCGGCAGGCCAUCGAUGGCUGCGGGAACGUUACAGGGUUUUCAGGCAGCGUAUCGAGAAGCAGGACGAGCCGCAGUCUUCGUUGCUGGUGGCGAUAAGGAAGGGUUGUCAAGUCUUGCGCAGGAUGGCGACAAUGAUGCUCUUCUUGCGCAGAACCUGCUGGAGCGCUGCGCUUUUUGGAAUUCCCCUCGCAUUGUCAAGCAGCUUCUGUACUAG